AUGGCAAGCCAGAAUACUCUUUUUCGACAACAGCAGCAGCUCUAUCGAUCUUCACAUUACUUUGGAAAGCCCAAAUCACCACCUCUCUAUAUAGAACAAGCCGAUUCAUACAAUGGCAACGAUCAACAAGGGAAAGGCAAGUGUCGGUUGACGAAUCUCGACAAGGGCCAUUAUGCAAUAGCUAAUGGACUGAGUUUAUCAAUAAUAGGACGUAAAAGAAGAGCAUCUGAAGAUGAGAGUAUGGAAGACUUGAGCGAUGGCGUCUCGUUUGACUUUUCACCGUCGCUUGAACGAACAAAUGCUGCUACUACGACUACUGCGAGUACAACUACGGCUGAUAAUAAAAAUGGACUACGACCGAAGCAUGACAAGAUCACCAAACGGAAACGGAUAGGAGCUGAAAAACAGUUUCCGCUGGAUAAACUACUUGCUACAUUGGACAAGGAACGACUGAUCGAUUUAAUCAGUAAUCUGGUGGAUGCUCAUCCAAGGCUGCACCCCGAAGUAGAGGAAGUCGCGGCUGCUUUACCCCACACAUCAGGCUAA